UGGGGCGGCGUGAGGAGAUGGCGGCCCGCAGCGCGGCCAGGCGCGGGGCUGGCGCGGGGGCCCGCGGGCCCGACCCGCAGGAGGAGCCGCCGCCUCCGCUCCAGGCUGUACUGGUCGCCGACAGCUUCAACCGCCGAUUCUUCCCCAUCUCCAAAGACCGGCCGAGGGCUCUUUUACCUAUGGCAAAUGUGGCCAUGAUUGACUAUACCUUGGAGUUCCUAACAGCAACCGGAGUGGAAGAAACCUUUGUUUUCUGCUGUUGGAAGUCAGCUGAGAUAAAAGAGCAUUUACAGAAAUCCAAGUGGUGCCGCCACACCUCUCCCAACACGGUGCGCUUUGAGACUUCCGACCUGUACCGCUCCCUGGGGGACGUGCUGCGAGACGUUGAUGCCAAGUCCCUUGUUCGUUCCGACUUCAUUCUUGUCACCGGAGAUGUGGUGUCCAAUUUCAAUAUUUCCAAAGCCCUGGAAGAGCACAAGCUGCGUCGUAAGAUGGAAAAGAAUGUUUCUGUGAUGACGAUGAUAUUCAAGGAGUCCUCGCCUGGCCACCACGCCAGGUGCAAAGAGGAUGACAUUGUUAUUGCUAUGGACAGUGCCACAAACCGUGUCCUUCACUACCAGAGAACCCAGGGGCUGAAACGCUUCCGCUUCCCUAUGAGUCUGUUCCAGAACUCUAUUGAGAACAUCGAGGUGCGCCAUGACUUGCUGGACUGUCAUAUCAGCAUCUGCUCUCCACAGGUGGCUGAGCUGUUCACAGACAAUUUUGACUACCAGACACGGGAUGACUUUGUGCGUGGUCUGCUGGUGAAUGAGGAGGUCCUGGGGAACCAAAUCCAUAUGCAUGUAACCACAGAAGAGUAUGGAGCCCACAUAUGCAACCUGCUGAUGUACGAAGCUGUGUGCUCCGACAUCAUCCGGCGCUGGGUUUAUCCUUUGACUCCAGAGAUGAACUUCACAGAUGACAAGAACCAGAGUUACACCCACUCUAAACACAACAUCUACCGAGGGGUGGAUGUCAGCCUGGGCCACGGCAGCGUGCUGGCGGAGAACGUGCUCAUUGGGCAGGGAACAGUCAUUGGCAGCAACUGCUCCAUAACCAACAGCAUUAUUGGGCAGAACUGCAGGAUAGGUGAUCAAGUCAUUUUGGAUGGAGCUUUUCUCUGGGACAGAGUACUCAUAGCAGAUAAUGUGAAGAUCUACCAUUCUGUUAUCUGUGAUGAAGCUGAAGUGAAGGAGAGAGUAAAGCUGGAGCCCCACUGUGUCCUCUCUUCUCAGGUAGUAGUAGGUCCUGGCAUCACUCUUACUGAGGGCACAGUGAUCUCUCUGCACCCACCAGAUGAGGAGGAAGAGGAUGAUGACCAGUUCAGUGAUGAUUCUGGUGUGAACAAGGAGGAAAGCAAAGUGAAACUGAAAGGUUACAAUAAAAAGGAUGUAGGCUCAGAGGGGAGAGGGUAUCUCUGGAAAGCAGAUGACAAGAAUGAAGAGGAUGAAGAAGAGCAGAGACAAAGCCUAUGGGGCCCAGCUAUGCAUUCAGAGGAAGAGAGUGAGUCAGACAGCGACCUGAGCAUGGGCUCUGAGGAGCCAGACAGUCGGGCAGCAUCCCCUCAGCUAGAUGACAUCAAAGUUUUCCAGAAUGAGGUUCUGGGUACGUUACAGAGGGGUGAAGAAGAAAACAUUUCCUGUGACAACCUGGUCUUGGAAAUCAACUCCCUCAAGUAUGCAUAUAACAUUGGCCUGAAGGAGAUGAUGCAGGUGCUCAGUAAAGUGAUCCUGGAGUUCCCACUGCAGCAGCUGGAUGCAAACCUGGACUCCCAGAACUAUUUCUCAGCGUUACUUCCUCUGUUGAAGAACUGGACCCCGUUGUUUAAGAACUACUUAAAGCGGGCGUCAGAUCACUUGAAUGCCUUAUUUGCCAUUGAGGAAUUCUUCUUGGAACAUGACAGUCUCUGCACAUCAAUAGCUAAAGUGUUGAUGACAUUUUACCAGCUGGAAAUUCUGGAAGAAGAUGUAAUCCUCAAUUGGUUCUCUUUGCGGGACACGUCUGACAAGGGAAAGCAGCUUCGUAAGAACCAGCGGCUCCAGAAGUUUAUCCAGUGGCUGGAGGAGGCAGAAGAAGAGUCGUCUGAUGGCGACCAAGACUAACAUGGUGGCUCAGCAUGGGAAGAGGCACUCUCACUGCCUUUCUGGGCCAAGUGGGCAGGGCAAGAUCAAUGCCAGUGCAUGGUGUGUAGAUGUGGGGCCUGACAUUGAAGUGACUGACAAUCCCAUCAUUAAUUAAGUUGUGUGUUCCCAACUUUGCCACUUCCCUCCCUUCCUCACUUGCCCAGUGGCACCUUAUGUUGGAUGGUUGCAACCCCAGGGUAAAAACCAUAAGGGAAAAGCAGUAGGUGGUAAUACCUAGAGUUCCUCUGGAAGCUGGAUAUGAUGUACUAUAAGCUAUCUUUUGGGAGGUCCUUGUUACUAAUACAAAGGGAGCAAAUAGAUGCAGAUGCAUACAAUGCCCUUCUAAAUCUAACCAUGGGGAAGAAUGGUCAUACAGCUAAGUUAUUUGGAGUCAUUGUUGAUUCUGGAGCUAAGACAACUCCUGCUGAAGAGACACUGGCAAGGUUGGUGAGUAGAAGCAUGUGGAUUAGGAUCUGGACUGCGGGACUGGGAUUCAGGAGCUCCAGUGCCUGGAGAGGAUGCAGUUGUCUGAGGAUGCCCAAGGCAUUUUGCAGCCUAGAAGGCACUUCUGUGAUCUUUCCAAAAGGGAAAAUCUCUUGCCAUCUGCCGUGCUUAGGAUCUAACUCAAGGUGUGGGAAACUGUUCUUUUCUUCCCCACGUAAGUCUAAACAAAGGUUACACAGUAGAGUUGGUAAAACCAUGUGUUUUCCUUGUGUGUAGAACAGGGGAUAAUACAUGCUCAGUUCCCCCUGCAGGGGUUGGCUAAUAGUGGAUGUGCACUGGCCAGUGACAUACUGGAUGGAUCACUACAUCUUAGAUAUGGUCUUCUGUGCAUCCCCAGAUAUGUUUUAGAAAAGCAACUGUUUCUUUAUUAUUAUUUUUUUUUAAUAAAAAGGGAGCAGAGGUGCCUGGCGUCUCCUCCUGCACCAACAUAAAACUUGUGUUUUGCUCUGGGGGCUCUGGCCAGCUGAUUGAAGGAGGAUGCAUGUUCCUAAGUUCUGGUCCAGUGUGAAAAGGAGCAAAUGGUUUUUGCUUUGUGUUUCCACAUGAUUUCAGUUACACAACCUUGUUUACUUCAUGUCCUUUUAUUUAUUUGAAAACUUCCCUCAGACAGCAGGGAAGGUGCUGCACACCCACUGAAAAGUUGAGCAGCUCAGCAUGCAGCAGAGAACGAGCGUGCCCCUGGCACUUUGUUGCCAGCACAGACAAUGUGUGGCAGCAAGAAGGCCUUUAAGAGCAGCUUUCUUGGAAGUGUCACUGUGCUGUGUCCUUCCCUGCUCUCAAGGAAUAAAGCGGGGAAAAAAAAGGCACAGCAAGAAUCAGCUUGUGUUCCUAGGUGGGUUAUUUGUUGGUUGUGCUGACCUUGCCUCUGCCCCUUCAGGAGAAGCAUGGAAUAAAUCCUUUGUAGGGGGAAAUGCACUGGAGCUGCCCACUCAGGAUAUUUAUUACUUGGCCGUUCCGUGAUGCCACAAUUGUCAGUGAGGGGACAGCGUUGGAUGCUGGAGACCAGGGAUACUGCCUCUUAAAAACUGAUGUUCAGGCAGGGCCAUCUUGUGCACUCACACUAUCAGUUGCCAGGAUUGCACAUAAACGUGCUAGUUUUCUGACAUUGCAAACUCAGUCUUGUAAAUGUUGGGGAAAUAGUUGGUAUCUGAAUUUUCUGUGUCUGCCGAUAUUUAAUUCAGGGAACAAAUAAAAGCUAUCCUGGUGUUACA